UGCACCGUUUUUACUAUCACCACUUCGUGACGGACACUAAAAGGACACGCAUCGUACAACGCAGCCAUGUCGGACGACCAAGUUGAUUUAGUAGCCAGGGAUCCCAACGGCCUUAACGCCCAUUUGGGGACUUUGCUGUUUAACGAUGUCCUGGGUGAGCCCGAUGGUACCCACAGUAUCGACUGCGUCUGGAAGCUGUCCUACACAUGUUUCGAAUUGUGGAAGGGACUCUGCUACAAACUCCUCACCCUCUUCUGUGGUAUCUGUAUUGCAGCGGAAUGGGGCUGUGAGUUCGCCUACAUUGCUUUCUACCAUAUCUGGUUCAUCACCCCAUGCAUGAAGGUCUUCGAGAUCAACUGUGGACUCUGCCAGAAGAUCUACGCCAUGAUGAUCAAUUGCUGCGUACAGCCAUUGACGGAGGCUUGUGGCGGAUGCUUUAUACAUUUCAAGAAUUAAGAAACAUCAUCAAACAGGCGGAGACGGUGAACAUUUUCAGUACCGUAUCAAUAUGUUUAUAAUGGAAAUGAAAAACAACACACGAAUUUACACGGACUAUUUAUGACCGACGUAAAAAGAUUGUGCACGCAUGCGCAAUGUCAUGACGUCAUAAGUUUUGAAGCCGAUAUGACACGUCUCCAGCUAUUGAACCAAAGUGCCAAACGCAGACAAUUGUACACAAAGUCAUGUCAGAGAGAUAUGUGUAAAUAAAAAAAUAGUCACAUAA